AUGCCUGGGCGGGUGGCACGAGGAUCGGGACCCCAUUCCGACCUGCCCAACCCUCCAAACAGAUGUUGCCGCAUGUAUGCGGGCACUGGUGUCGGCCCGAGUCGACUGCUACUCAUCCUCUUGAUCGGUAUCGCCCCAUCGCUCCCUUAUGCGCCGCAGGAUCUCAGCAAGGUGGGCCACGUGGAGCUGCCUGCGUGGGCACGCGAUGCCUACCAUUUCGUGCACGAGCACCAUGCGGCGCUGGAGAGUGCUCCAGUGUCGAGGACUUUGCACGGCUGGAUCGACUUAAUAUGGGGCUGCAAGCAGACGGGCCCGGCAGCGCGGGACGCGCUCAACGUGUUUUACCCGCUGACCUACGAGGACGGGGUGGACUGGGACCAGGUGGAGCCCGUGACACGACACUCGAAGGAGCAGCAGGUGCUGCACUUCGGACAGACGCCGAGGCAGCUGUUCCAGCAGCCCCACCCGCCUCGAGAGGUUGCGGCAGUGCCCACGUUGCUGGAUCCACAGGGGCGCGGCGGUUGUCGACGCCCCGGCGCGGCGGUGGCGCUGUGGCACUCAAGCGCCGCGCCCGCGCAGCCGCAGUCGCUGGGAGUGCAGUCGCUGGUCAGGGUCCGGGGCCUCCAGCUCCAGGCGCCCGUGGUGGCGAUCGGGGCCGCGCCCGCGGCGCCUGGCCAGGGCGGCGCCUCGCGGCUGCAGGUGGUCCGGGCCGACGGCCUCGUGUCCUUCUACAGGGUGCGGCUGCGGCAGGGCGGGGAGAGCGGGGGCGGCGGCGGUCAGUGGCCCGGCGUGCAGGUGGACCCCGAGGCGGCUUUCUACCUGCCCUCCAUCGGAGGGCCCCUGCAGUGGCUGUUCUUGAGCGGCCCGGCGGAGGCCCAGCUGCUCUCCCGGGCGCACGCGGCGUCGGUGUCGGCCCUGGCGGCCUCGAGCGAGUCAUCGCAGAUCCUGGGCGCGUACGGGCUGCUGAUGCUCGCGGGCUCCCUGGACGGAGAGGUCUGCCUGUGGGCCGCCUCCGACUGGGAGUGGCGGUCCUUCGCCUGCGCGGCGCGGUGGCAACCGCACCUGGCCCCCGUGCGCGGGGUGGACUUCGGCGAGCGGCUGGGCCUGGCGCUCUCUUGCGGCGACGACGGCCUCGUGCACGUGUACAGGCUGCGGCCCCCCACGCGGCUGCUGCGAGGGUACCGCUUCCAGGGCGGGCUGCCGGCCACGGAGGCCCGCUUCGCCGCGGGCGUCCCCGCCGCCGUCGUGGCGUGCUCGGCGGAGGCAGCCAGGGUCUGCGUCUGGGCGUUGGCGGGUUUCCUGCUCGCCUCGCUCGACCUCGCCGCGGCCGGCCCGGUGCGCGGGCUGCGCGUCGUGUCCGAGGGCGACGGCUCGCGCGAGGGGCUCCUGGUGGCGCUGGGCGCGGACGGCGCUGGAAAGGUCGAGCUCCGGACGCUGCCGUACCUGCAGCCGACUUGGCGCCUGAGCUGCCAGUGGGGCAUGCCGCCGUGCGCGCUCGACUGCCGGCCGGGCGCGCGCGGCGCGGUCUGGCUGGGCCACGAGGACGGCACGUUCGGGGCGGCCGUCGUCGCCGCGGGGGGCCCUCCCGCGGGUUCCCGGUCAGCCGCGUGUCUGACCUAG